UUAGACACACAUACUACGUUUUUUUGUACAUUUUUUUCUUUUGCUGAAAUAUUGUCAAGUGUAAGAAAGCAAGAAGAAAGCCAAGAGCUUAAGAGCCAGUGCGCGUACAACUUACACCUUUUUUUCUAUCAAAUAUCCUUGUCCCCAAAAUCAUAACAAAUAAACAAACAAAAAGAUCCCCAAAAGAUCCCAGCCAGAACCGGAGAAAGCCGGAGGAGAAAGCUGUUGAAAAUCCAGAAAUCUGUUUUACAAAAAGUGAAUAAAAAAUUUAAAAAAAAAUAAAAAAUAGUGCCCACAAAUGCAGUGCCGCAAUGUGCCAGGAUGCGCCUGCUGCUAAAAAUUCAGGCAGCCAGGAAGGCCAGAGAAGCCCAGUUCUAGCCAGUUUAAGUAAUCACUAAGUGAACAAGGACACAGCCCAGGAAAGUACUAGUACAACAACUAUUCAACAACAACAGCAACAACAACUAUUCAACAACAAACACCAACAACAAGAACUAUUAACCAAAGAGCAUAGCGCCAGAAGCCAGUAGCUGCCACUGAGCUUUCUGUCCUUGACAAGGACAGGAACCUGGCACACAGGCACACAUAAGCCGCCAACAUACGCAAAAAGGUGACCUCGAAGAAGGCCAGCGUUGUGACGGUUGACGACGAUCACAACAACAAUAACAACAGCAACCAGAACAACGACCACAACGCUCGGCAGGCACUCAACAACAACAACAACACACCAACAAUAACAACACCCACACCAAUCACUCCAACUCGUACACCAACACCAGCUGAUUAUCAGGAUCAGGAAGAGCAAGAGCAUCAGGAUCAGCAGGAACUCCAAACAGGCGAUAUCAUGGACGAUACACAGCAUUUUUGCCUACGCUGGAACAACUACCAGAGCAGCAUCACCUCGGCCUUUGAGAAUCUGCGAGAUGAUGAGGCCUUUGUGGAUGUGACGCUAGCCUGCGAGGGCAGGAGCAUCAAGGCGCAUCGUGUUGUCCUUUCCGCCUGCAGUCCCUACUUCCGCGACCUGCUCAAGAGCACACCCUGCAAACACCCGGUCAUAUUGCUGCAGGAUGUAAACUUUAUGGAUCUGCAUUCGCUGGUGGAGUUCAUAUACCAUGGCGAGGUUAAUGUUCAUCAAAAGUCGCUGCAGUCAUUCCUUAAGACCGCCGAGGUGCUGCGCGUCUCGGGUCUGACACAACAGCAGGCAGAGGACACACACAGCCAUUUGGCCCAAAUCCAGAAUCUGGCUAAUGCCGGCGCCGGACGCACACCCUACAAUUCGCAUUCACACUCUCAUGCCCACUCGCUUUCACAUCCGCAUCAUGGCUCCUCCAUACAUGACGAUGGCGGUGCAUCCACAUUGUUUAGCCGCCAGGGUGCGGGCUCACCGCCACCACCUGCAGUCCCAUCGCUGCCCACGCAUAUCAAUAAUCAGCUAUUGAAACGCAUGGCCAUGAUGCAUCGCAGCAGUGUUGCCGCCGAGGAGACUUCACAUGCUCUAAAACGGCCACGUGGCUCUGAUAAUAACAAUGGUGGCUUGCCACUCUCUGGUGGUGGCAGUGGAGGUGGUGUCGGUGGUGGUGGUGCUGGUUCCGGUAGCAAUAAUAAUAGUAGCCCGGAUUUGCCAUCACUCCAUCAUGCCCGCAGCACUUCGCCCCAACAGACACCGGCUGAUUUUAGCACGAUUAAGCACCACAACAAUAAUAAUACACCGCCGCUCAAGGAGGAAGGAAAGCGCAACGGACCCACUGGCAAUGGUGCUAGCAAUGGCAACGGAAUCUCCAUUAGCGAUAAAUUGGGCAGCUUGACACCAUCACCUUUGGCUAGGGCUUCAGCCGGUGCCGAUGAUGUUAAAUCGGAGCCCAUGGAGCUGGUCUGUUCAACGAACAAUAAUGCCAAUGCAAAUGAUGAGCAUAGCAAUGAUUCCACCGGCGAGCAUGAUGCCAAUCGUUCCAGCAGCGGUGAUGGCGGCAAGGGCUCUUUGAGUUCUGGUAAUGAUGAGGAAAUUGGCGAUGGUCUUGCCACACACCAUGCCGCCCCGCAGUUUAUAAUGUCACCGGCGGAGAAUAAGAUGUUUCAGGCUGCCGCCUUUAACUUUCCCAUGAGCAAUCUCGAUCACUCAGCGUUGCUUGGUCUCAACACCCAGUUGCAGCAGUCCGGUGACCUAGCCGUUUCCCCCCAAGGUAAACUGACGACAAAUUCUACAACUACAACAAUAAACAACAACAACUUGAUUACCAACAACAACAACAACCGUUUACUCUCCACCAACAACUACAACAACUCAACAACAACCAACUACAACCACAACUCCAACUCAACUCCAACAAAUCCAUCACCAACAACAACAACAACAAUAACCCGAACUCCAACUCGACUUACAGCCAUCACAAGUGCCUCCGGCAUCUGUGGCCUUAACCUCUCCACAUUCGCAGCCAAUGGAAGCAGCAACGGCGGCCUCUCGGUGACCGCUCUGCAGCAGCAUCCACAUUCGCAUCAGCAUCAGCAUCAGACGUCGCAACACCAGACCUCACAGCAGCAGCAGCAGCAGCAGCAACAGCAACAGCAGCAGCAGCAGCAGCAGCAUCAGCAGCAGGGAAGCAGCAGCUCUGGCAGUCAGACCCCCAAUGGUAUCCUGGGUUCCUGCAGUACACCAACGCCCAACACGGCGGCCACCACGGCCCAGCAGCAAAUGUUAGCAGCGGUAAUGGCCAAUAUGGCGGCCUCGGCCGCUUCGGCCUCAACCAGCGGCAGUGCCAAUAGCUCCCUGAAUAAUUCCAAUGCGGGUCUUAAUACCUCGGGAGGCGGUGGUGGUGGCGGUGGCAGCAGCGGUGGCAACGGCGGACUCAGCAGUGCAACCAGCGGCGGUGAUGAUUUCCGUUGCAAUCCAUGCAACAAGAAUCUAAGCUCACUGACACGCCUCAAGCGUCACAUCCAGAACGUGCAUAUGCGACCCACCAAGGAGCCCGUGUGCAACAUCUGCAAGCGUGUCUACAGCUCGCUGAAUAGUCUGCGCAACCACAAGAGCAUCUACCAUCGCAACCUCAAGCAGCCCAAGCAGGAGCCGGGCAACACUGUGGCCGCCCAGGCACCAACGGCCAAUAGCUUCUACCAUCAGCAGCAUCAGCAGCAGCAGCUAAAUCAUCACUCGUCCUCCUCCUAGGGCUUCAUGUACUUUGACUAUCAGCAGCCGCGCCGUCAUCAUCCACAGCAGCCGCAUCACCACGUGACCCAUGGCGGCAGGGAUAGAGGGUUUUCCAGUUGAGGGGAGGAGGGUAGGGCUUGCCUUAGUCGAUUCUUGUAAGACUUAGGGACACACACACACACACACACACACAC